CGAGAUCCAUGGCUGCUUCCGGGAGUGGCUCCUCCCCUUUUGCGACGUUAUGGACGCCGUGCGCGAGGAGCCGACCCAGGCGCUGUUCUCUUGGGGAGCAAACAGCUAUGGACAACUGGGUCUUGGUCAUAAAGAAGAUGUACUCCUGCCCCAGGCCCUUAAAGAAUUGCCCUGCAGUCAGAAGAACAUCACAAGUAUUACUGGAGGAGGAGGACAUUCUGUAAUUGUUACUGACACUGGAGAACUCUUUUUAUGUGGCCAAAAUAAAGAUGGGCAGUUGGGACUUGGUCAUACUGAAGAUGUGGAACAUUUUACAUUAUGCCUUUCCCUGUCUGGUUGUCCUGUUGUACAGGUUGCCUGUGGCUGGGAUUUUACCAUCAUACUUACAGGAAAUGGUCAGGUGUUAUCUUGUGGGUCUCAUUCUUUUGGGCAACUCGGAGUUCCUGAUGCCUCAGGAGGAAAUGCUGUCCCACAGAAAAUUAAGACUAUACAGGACAAAGUAGUGAAUGUUGCUGCUGGGCUCAGACAUGCAGUAGCUGUAACUGAAAAUGGCUCAGUUUUCCAGUGGGGAGUUGGCAUGGCAUCUCAGGUGAAGCGGGCGUGCCAAGGACAGAUGGUUCCAUCUUUUUGGAGGGCUAAAGAGCCUUGCAAAGUAACAGGUCUAGAAAACAUCAAAGUAAAGAGCAUCACUUCUGGGUCACAUCAUGUCACAUCACUCACAGAUGAAGGAGAGUUAUAUGUUUGGGGGAGCAACAGACACAAGCAGUUAGUGAGCAAAGAUGAUUUUCUUUUGAAACCCCAGAAGAUAGAAGCCCACUAUUUUGGGGGCGAAAAGGUCAGAAGAGUCUGGAAUGGAUGGACGCACAUGGUGGCGCAGACAGAAACAGGGAAAGUCUUUACAUGGGGUAGAGGAGACUAUGGUCAACUUGGAUGGAGCUGGAUGCUGAAUGAAGGAGAGAGCGAGGAUGGAAAGAAAUCGACUGAACACUGUUUGAAAAAGCAAAUCAGUGCACCUGUUGCAGUGCCCAGCCUCACUGGAGCAUCUGAGAUUGCAUGUGGCUCGGAGCACAAUCUAGCAAUAGUUGGUAGCCAGUGUUUUUCCUGGGGAUGGAAUGAACACGGGAUGUGUGGCAACGGAACAGAAGCCAAUGUUUGUGUCCCUCAGCCUGUUGGGACUUUGAGUUCUGCAAAGCUGCUUUUGAUUGGAUGCGGAGCUGGACAUUCCAUGGCAUAUUGCCAUUUGCCACGCUUCAACCUUCCACCAUAGAAAUGGUAGAGAGAGGUUGCCACACAAUCCCUUUUCUGAAGAUCACGCAUGGAUUUCCUGAAACCUAAGCACAAAUCAAUAUACUAGUUUUGAUAAGGAAAGUCUUGUGGCUUUGGGUUGACUUCAUCAAGCGAUUUCCCCUGCUGCUCUAUCCCAUCAUGAUCUCUAAUUUUGAAACUGGCCUCCUGACUGUACCAUCUGUUAUCCAUAACCUUAUAACAAAUCCAUGUUCUUCUGUGAUUGAUCUUGGAGCCUGUUCCAACUUAAGUUCAAGCGAGUCAUGCUUCUACACAUACACCCACUGUAACGUGGGACUCAUGGCUAUCACUCACCAUAAAUCAUUGGGAGAGGGGGAGGCCUGUGGAUCUCACAGUGGAUGAGAGCUCCAUUAGUUCCCAUUUUGCAUGUUAACAUCAGAAAUGAGGGGGGGAAAGUGUGACCAAUUCAUGCUUUCCCCACUCUAUUAAAUGUUAGAACCAGGCUACUAAGAUAAUAACUGGAAAAGCAUAUCUCCUAUUAUAUUUGAAUGGAUUCAGAAAAUUUGGUUCAUAGUUAACAUGAUUAAGCUAACUUAUUGCAAAGGAAUACCUAUAAACCAAGUUUAUUCUACAACAU